AUGUCAACUGUGCAAUCAACUCAAUGGAUGAAAUACUUUGGUGAUAUCUAUGGACGUGAAAAAUCACCUGUUCUGGGCUCUUUCGCAGUGAAAGAGAUAGAGGACACAGCCCGGGAGGUAAUGAAAGACCAUCUCCCGGCAUACAUGUACACAUUUGGGAGUGCGGGAACGUGCUCGACAGACGCCGAAAAUAGGCGUGCGUUCAACCGGUGGAAAAUUGUUCCUGCAAUGCUCAGGGACUGCACUAACCGAAGUGUCGAAACAACGAUCUUUGGACAGAAGUUCAACGCACCUCUUUUCAUCGCACCCAUAGGUGUACAGGGUAUCUUGCAUGCAGACGGAGAACUCGCAACUGCAAGGGCUGCCGCUGCCUGCGGAAUUCCUUACAUCAUGAGCUCAGCAUCAUCCCGGUCAAUCGAGGAUGUCGCAAAGGCAAAUGGGCCAAAUGGUCAGCGGUGGUAUCAGCUCUACUGGCCGCGCACGGACGAGAUAACAAUAUCUCUUCUUAACCGUGCCAAAGCGGCAGGCUUCUCUGCACUCGUGAUCACGCUCGACACCAUGCUCUUGGGUUGGCGUCCACAUGACCUUGACACCGCUUACAUACCCUUCUUUUACGGCGUUGGUAUCCAGGUUGGCUUGUCUGACCCCGUGUUCAUGAAGCAGCACGGGUACGAACCUGUGCACGAGACCACCAAGUUCCCUUUCAAGCCAGAGGAGAUUAGAGACGCGGCGUUGAAAGAAGGUGAUGCGAAUGCCAAGAAAGCAAUGAAACUGGGCAAGGAGUGGCUCGGACAAACCAACUCAGGCUCUUUCAGGUCAUGGGAGGAUCUACAAUUUAUCAAAGAUCACUGGGAUGGACCUAUCAUUCUGAAGGGGAUUCAACGGACCUCCGAUGCGGAGAAAGCUAUUGAUAUGGGCAUUCACGGCAUCAUUGUAUCCAAUCACGGCGGACGGCAAGUCGACGGUGCCAUUGGCUCCUUGGAUGCAUUAGCCAAGAUCAUGCGCUCGCAGAAGAUUAUCCAAGCGCAGGCGAAAGGCGACCUGACGGUCCUCUUCGACUCUGGUAUUCGCACAGGCAGUGAUGUCAUCAAGGCCAUGGCAAUGGGUGCACAGGGAGUCCUCAUUGCUCGUCCAUACAUGUACGGACUUGCCACUGCCGGACAGGCAGGAGUCGAGCAGAUUUUGAUGCAAACCGUGACUGAUAUGCAUAUCACGAUGGGUCUCUGCGGGUACAGUGAUGUCAACGACCUUAUUGGGAAGCGGGAUGAGCUUCUCGAACUCGUAGAUGAUUGA